GCGCGAUAUUUUAUCCUUCUGUGUGUAUGUACACGCGCCACGCGCCCCUCAUAUCUCAUAUCUCGUGCCAGCUCGCGUACGUCAACGUUGUGACAUGUGUGAACGUUUUUCGAUCCAUAGAUCGUCCAGGUUGUCUUGUAUCUAAGAAAUGCGGCUAGAAGCCGACUCCUAGAUCCUCGUCGCUCAUAAACAAUGAAUCCGUCGACGGAAGCCAGCGCUGAGAAUGAUAGAGAAGACGACAUCAUUGAUAUUUAUAAUGACGAGGACGAUGAGCAAAGGCUGCUCAAGCCGAGGAACAACUUUGCAUCAUAUUCCAAUGAGGAUAUCGAAUCCGUGCGAUUCCGGAGCUCCGCCAACGUUAACGCAACAUGCAGCGACAUAGAGGUUAUCUGGGGUCAGUCCAAAAGGUUGAAUAUCAGGGAUAUAACUCCAGGGGCGACCAACUUCAUAUCAACCAAUUACGAGAGCCUGGAUUAUGACCCAUGCGAGAAUUAUCUUCUAAAAGAUGAAGAAAGGAAGAAAGGAUACAAGUUUAUCGUUAGAAAAAACUUUGCUAGGUGGUUUAUUUUUCUAUUGAUUGGGAUUUGUACUGCCCUUAUAGCGUGCUUUGUAGAUAUAUUGAUAGAAGAAUUAUCCAGCCUAAAGUACGGCUGGCUUAAAAAAUAUGUGGACCACUGCGUGGUAGGAAGCUGCCUAUGGGUACCAUACCUGAUGUGGUUAAUUCUAAACAUAAUACCAGUUUUUAUAGGUGCCAUUUUAGUGUCCUAUAUUGAGCCUGUUGCCGCGGGAAGUGGUAUUCCACAAGUAAAGUGUUACUUGAAUGGAGUCAAAAUACCAAGAGUUGUACGUAUUAAAACUCUGGCUGUGAAAACUAUUGGUGUUAUAUGUACCGUAGUUGGAGGUCUAGCAGGAGGCAAGGAAGGUCCUAUGAUCCACUCUGGUGCCGUUGUAGCCGCGGGGAUUUCUCAGGGAAAAAGUACCACUUUUAAGAAGGAUUUGAAAAUAUUCGAGUACUUUAGAGAGGAUCACGAGAAACGAGAGUUUGUAUCCGGGGGUGCCGCAUCCGGAGUGUCGGCGGCUUUUGGAGCACCCAUUGGUGGAGUCUUAUUUAGUAUAGAAGAGGGUACUAGCUUUUUCAACCAAAGCCUUACAUGGAGAACAUUCUUCGCUAGCAUGAUUACUACGUUCACGUUGAACGUGAUCUUGAGCGCAUAUCACGGACAUCCCGGAGAUCUUUCAUUUCCUGGUUUGCUCAAUUUGGGAAAAUUUGAGUCGAUUCCUUAUGAAAUCUACGAGAUACCUUUGUUUAUGGUAAUGGGUACACUAGGUGGAUUAUUUGGCGCUCUUUGGAACCAUGUCAAUUACAAGAUCACUUGCUUUCGUUUGCGAUUCGUGACACAAAAAUGGCGGAAGGUGAUCGAGGCUGUCCUGGUGGCGAUAUUAAGCGCGACGAUAGGAUCCUUGAUGAUAUACUUUGUCAAUGAUUGUAAACCGUUAGGCAAUGAUCCUACCAAAUUUCCAGUUCAAAUGUAUUGCGAAGAAGGACAAUACAAUGCAGUUGCCUCUUUGUGGUUUCAAACUCCGGAAAGCAGCGUACGAUCCCUGUUUCAUGAUCCUAAAGGAGCACACAAUGAUCUAACGUUAGCUAUUUUUGUUGUGUUGUAUUUUAUUCUUGCUGCCAUGACUUUUGGCUUAUCAAUGUCCAGUGGCCUCUUCAUUCCUUCUCUGUUGAUUGGAUCUGCAUGGGGUAGAUUAAUUGGUUCAGGUCUCGCGAAGCUAUGCCCAAAUUGUGAAGUAUUAGAUCCUGGCAAAUACGCUUUGUUAGGCGCUGCCGCACAAUUAGGAGGUGUAGUUAGAAUGACGAUAAGUUUAACCGCGAUUUUGAUAGAAGCAACUCAGGGAAUAUAUUUUGGUUUGCCUGUUAUAAUAGUUCUAAUAAUGGCAAAAUGGGUUGGCGAUUUCUUUAAUGAAGGAAUUUAUGAUAUUCAUAUACAAAUGGCAGGGAUUCCAUUGCUUCCAUGGGAACCACCUCCACUCUCAAAUAAUAUUUAUGCAACCGAGAUAAUGAGUCAUCCCGUCGUGGCUUUGAAGACUGUCGAAAAUGUCGGGCAUAUCGUCGAGCUUUUGAAAUGCGUUACAUUCAAUGGAUUUCCGGUAGUUGACCCACCAAGUAGUGAUCAGGCCGAGAUAGUUUCAUACGGUCGACUUAGAGGUUUGAUACUACGUUCCCAGUUAAUAGUGCUUUUAAAAAAUAAAGUGUUUAACGAAUACGAGGAAUUUUGGGAGAAACCUUUAACCAUAAAUAUGUUUAGAAACGAGUACCCUAGGUAUCCAACCAUCGAGCAAGUCGCCAUCACUGAAGAAGAAAAAACUUAUACAAUUGAUUUGAGACAUUUCAUGAAUCCUUCACCUUAUACAGUGCAACACUCUGCUACACUGCCAAGGACAUUCAGACUCUUUAGAGCGCUAGGAUUACGUCAUGUACCGAUAGUAAAUGACACAAACGAGGUAAUUGGUAUUAUCACUAGAAAAGAUGUUGCUAGGUUCAGGAUAUGGAAGCAUCGUGGACGAAUGGGAUUGGAUGAACUUUUAAUAACCAACAAAAUUUAGUUUAAUUUUUUUAGAAUUUUUUUAUCGAAUUUUAGAAUUAUAUCUGUUGUAACAUUUUCAUGUAUUUUAUCAUGUAAAAAUUUUAGGUGUGUGUGUGUGUGUGUGUGUGUGUGUGUGUGUGUGUGUGUGUACACAUUGCUAAUGAGGCUUAAAAAUAAUUUAACAGAUUAUAUGUCAAAAUGCAUAAUUGCAUUAAAGAAAGAACCUCAACAUCUUUCUAUACAUACUUGUAUGUGCAUGUACAUAUAAGGAUACUUAUCAUUUGGCUUGUAUUUUAGUUAAUAACAAAAUUUUAAUUAUUUACAAAUAAUUCCCACCCAAGCCAUGACCAAAGUUUAAAGAAAAGAUACACUGGUAGAAUAACCAACAGUAACAGAAAAUAGUAUUCAUACGAUAUGUACAUAUUGAAUAGUUUUAGUCACUAUUUUAUCUCAUUGAUUCUCUCUAAUGAGAUAUUAUUUAUUAUAUUACAAAUCUUUAUAUGUGCAGUCUGAAACAAAAACAAAGUAUUUCUGUUACAUAAUAAAAAAUCCAUUUAUUUAUUUUUACAA